AGCAUUUAGGCUACCAGUUGUUUUGUUUUCUUUUUUCUUCCUCGGUCGGUGCGAAUACUUUGGUGCAAACACGCGCCCGCCAGUUGGCUGGAGGCCAACACGAAGUGAACAGAGCGAGCAGGCUGUGAAAGCUUUGUGCACAGCUUGAACCAAUGGCGUUUGCAUCGGCCAGUUUCUUGGAAAAGCUCAGGCAUGGAUAUCGUGGCUUUCCCAGCUCCAGCAAAGCAGCUGGGAGUUCAACAGGUUUCUUGGAUGCUUUGGUCGAGCUUCCAGGCGCGAGCCGCCCGCAGAGAUGCUUCCAGCGAACCGCUGUCGCCGUCUCACAGCUGAAGGGCCGCAUCUCGGAACCAGUCAACGCCAAAGACUGCAUACGCUUCUUGGCGUGUGAAGAGGAUGAACGAUUGUUUUCGGCCUUGACUUACUACAAUGACGAGGCCCUGCGCCGAAGGGUGGCGACUGACUGGAUUGAGGUGAUUUCUGCAAUCGAGCAGGAGGUGCCAGAGCGACCGGGCGACGAGUCCCUCAGCGCCGCCCUCCAAGCGGACUUGGAGGACUGGUCCAAUUGGUGCACAGAGGUGGGCGAGGUGUACAUCUACUUUGCUUUCCUAGACAUGAAAGGCGACCGAGGUUUGCUGAUGCAAGUGGUCAAGCACCUGCAGAUGUUAUUGGACGUGCCUUCCAUCAGCAGCCUCAUCGCAAAUCUUCAGAAGACCAGGCGAUGGGCACAAGCUACUUGGCGGAUGAUGGCACAGCAAGAGAAUGCGGAGCUGCUCGGGCGUCAGCAUGUGCAGAUGCUACAGCAGUGGCUCCUGGUCGCCAAGGAGAAUGCUGCGGCCGAACUACCGGAGCACGGGCUCAAGCAGUCCUGGGAGACCUGCUUCAGUGGUCUACAGAAGGUGCCUUGGCACGACUUCGUGGACAGCCUGCAGGAGCAAUUCCUCAAAGGCUUUUGCCCGAAGGACCUUCUGCAGCCCUUGCGGCGGCGUCUCAUCAAGGACGGAGACCAUGUCACUCGGCAACAUUGGGAAUUGCUUUUGGACGCUUACAGCGACUCCAUCUCCGACAUUUUGGACGCUUUGCUCGAAGAGGCGUUGGAGCAGCUCCCCUGGGCGGUGUACCGGGUGGGUCCCUCCGACUGGCGGGGCAUCUCCUCCUCAGCUCUGUCCCGAGGCGACGCACAGCCCUCCAGCAGCCGAGGAGCUCGGAGAAGUGCCAAGAGCGAGUCCAGCCGACGUGGACCUCUUUGCUGCGCCAGGGCUGCUCGCUCCAAGGUUCAGCUUGGCCUCUCCGACGGUGCAGCGCGGGCCGAGAACAGCCAUGGAAAGGGAGUGAAGGAGCUGGAAGAAGGUAGCCAUACCCCUGAAGAUCCUCGUGUGCAUCUUCAUCCAGUGGAAGCUGGUCAGAAGAUCCAUUGGGACGCCUAUGUGGAUGAGCUCUGCCGUGCAGAGAUGCGUUGGUGGACUGUGGACGACUCCGAUCGAAUGGAGGAGGACCAGCUGAGGCUGGCAGCCUUGCGAGCAGUGAACAGCGAGCUGGUGAUCACAAGGAAGGCAUUGCUGUUGCGUGUGGCCAGCGGAGAGAUGGCGAAGAACCGCCCCAUCGUGGAGUUCGGAGGCGAACCGCAGCAACUGCCGGCCGUGUUGGUCAGCCCCAAUGAGAUCACCAUGUCACCAACAGUGACCAAGUUUGGACGAGGCUCCAAGCGUAAGAUGAUGCUUCCAGAUAUGUUCAUGAACGAGCCCAUUGCGUCGCGAUCUCACUUUUCUAUUUCUUUCGAUGUGAAGAGUGAAAGGUAUCAGGUCGCAGACGCGGGCUCCAAAUGGGGCACGUUCUUAAAGGUGCAGCCCGCAGGGACAAAGCUCAGCUGCGGGGAUUGGAUCCGCAUCGGCAACGCAGAGAUGGUGGUCCGGUUUUGCGGCAGCACAUGCAAGUCCAAGAGGCACUUUCGCGGAGGACCAUCCUUACAGAUGAGGUUUAUGAACUCCUUCUCAGGCUUGGGAUCGCUGAACCAGCUGAGCCUGGUGCCAGACGAGGAGGAGCCUGAGGAUCUUCCAGUCCAAGGGUUGCUAAGCCGUACACGUGCGUGGUCCUCGAGUGCGGUGGAUAAGAUGUGCCACCACCCAGGGCUUCAGUCCGAGAAGACCAGGAUCAAUCCCCUGGCGCACACGGGCCCCGCGCCUUUACCAUGGGCGCCCUUGGAAUUGGACUUUGUCUCCGGCCCUUGCAUGGGUCAGAGGAUUUCGGUCACAGAGAAGGUGUGCACCAUCGGAAGGGCUGAUUCUUGCACGAUCCAGAUCAGUGACCCGAUGUUGGCCAAUGUCUCGCGGACACAUUGCAUGAUACGGAACGAUGGUCACAGCACCAAGAUCAUGGACAACAACUCGACCAAUGGUACCUGGAAACGCCUUUCCUGUGUGCUGGAGCCAUCACAGCCACAGGAGUUGAGGGAUGGAGCUUGUCUACUCGCAGGCGUACACGAGUUCCGGGUGGAGGAGGCUGAGAUGUCCCGCGAUUGGAUUCCGUCCGUCGCAGGGAGGACUUUGCAACUCGCAGCUCGGACUUGAGCGGAAGGACUUGACUCGAAGAUCUCGAAGCAAAAGUGGAUCGUCUUCAGAUCACUGAGCAACUCAUGAGUCAUGAGGUGUUUGUCAUCCUGCUCGAGCUGUUUUUGGAAAGAAGGAGUCUCCCAAGAAGUUGG